UAAAAAUCAUCAAAGACAACUCAGGGAGUACUUCGAACCAUUACAAAUCAACACUAGAUAUAAUUGUGAAGUGGCGCACUUAACUUGCCGUCGUUGAAGGUGAAAAAAGACGAUUAUUUGAACACAAUAAGGAUGAAGUUCAAGAUGAUAAAAAUAUAUAAAAGGGAGUUCUUGAUGCGCUUGUCUUUGUUGAGAUGAACGAUCAUGAUGAUACCGAUGCGCCCAACCGCCGUGUCAGGCACGUGAGUCGUUCCCUGUCUUCAAUCAGGAGACAGAAAAACCGAGGUUGCUUCUCGUAUCAAUCAUCUCGUAGAAGGAAGGCGUUCGCGGCUGAGGCGUACUAACUGAAAUAGAAUUAACAUGUUGGGUGGUUACGGUAGCAUGGGUUACGGUGGAGGCAUGGGCUAUGGCGGCUAUGGAGGUGGCAUGAUGGGUUACGGAGGCGGCAUGAUGGGAGGCUACGGUGGCGGGAUGGGCUACGGUGAUUCGCAACAGUGGGGAAACUCAGUUCAGCAGAUGUUCCAGAUGACGCAAAUGAUGGAGCUGAAUGCCAUUAUGCUUCAGCAAAUACAGCACCAAUGUUAUGGCUAGUGCCUCCCCUAACGUGUCUCCAUCAUAGGCAUCGACCCCUAAUCGAUUUAAUCUCGGACGACCAUAGGGACGAGGAUCCCCCUUGUUCCAUAUACUAGAUGAGCUAGGGAUGAUGCUGAAUAUGCUAGUAUUACUAGUCCUGGUUCCGUAUAAGUACUAGUACAUCUCCUAGUAUCACUAGAAGAUGAACUAGGGAUGUCUAUGCUCCACGACCUGUUCGGAGGGAUCCACCUCAGAGGGAUUAUAAACUACUUCUAGAAGGGGUAGCCCCACCUCUAAGAAAGCAAGCAAAUAUACAUGCGAAUAUCGCAGCUUUUCGCGUGGGGUGUAGCGAUGAAAAGGCAUUUCAUCGAGAAUUACUUUCGAAAAGAGAUGAACGAGCAGCAGCGAUCGGCGGCAAGAGCGGCCGCUGCCGAGAACGGUGGCGCACAACCGGCAGAACUCGUAGGACGAUUAGAAGAGUUUCGGAGUGAGAAGGAGCGGCAAUACGUUCUCGACCAGAUUGCACGGCGUAUCCGAGCCGGCAUGAUCGUACUCCUUCUCAUGGCAAUCUACAGAUGGAGGCAAUAUCGCCGUGCAAGCGCCCUAGCGAAAGCUUGUGAGAGCGCGUGGUCAAACGCAGAAAAAACGCGGCUUACUGUGUAAUUCGAGACUAACAGCUAACGAAUGUCUUGUUGAGUCAAGAAUAUCGAACAGCAGCUGGUCGUCACGAAAAGCGUUUAUUGUGAAGUCUCAUUUCUACGCGUCACAUUGCCUUUCUAAUAAAUAAGUAUGCACAUAUGCACUUCUCUAUUGUUCUUGCAAAGCGCGGGCAGGAGAAGAAUUUUGUACAGCUAUCGUCGGUUAUCUGGCCGUCUUUCGUUUCACUGAAAAUCAACUUUGUGCCAACCGAUACCUUUCGCACACGGUGUCAAGGCAAUCACAUCAUCCCUGCUUAAAAUUGAAUUCAGAUAAUUAUGUGAUCUCUGAGUGAGUGACGUCUCAGGAGGGAGGCAUGAUCAUUUUUGGCUGGUCAGCAUCGUCGUCAUCGUUUUCGUUAUCGCAUCGUAACAUCACGCAUCGUUCUUUUGUUUUGCUCUUACCCUCUAUCUCCAGAACGCACUCUCACUGCUCUACCGUUUUUGUUCCCCUCCAG